AGGGGCAGGGAAGCUAAGUGUAUCUCUCUUAGUGAAUCCCAAGAGUUUGGUGUGGGGAAAGGGAGCAAGAUGUACACCGCAGGGACAGAGAGUUUCCUGCACCAGGCCAGGAAAAUCCAGGAUGAAGAACUGAAAAAAUUCACUUCUCGGAUCACAGGCCUCUUCCAAAAUCAGGAUUUUGGGAACGAAACCAUUGACUGCUUGCAAAGAUUAUUACUUAUUGUUUCAGCUACCAAAUAUGGUCGAAAACUGGACGGCACAUUUGUGGACCUUCUACAGAGGGUGUUGCAGCUCCCCAAGUCGUCCAAGGAAGUCCAGGUUCUGUGUUCCGCCAUCCUGAGAGAAAUGCUGCCAAGCGACGAUCUGUCUCUGUCUUGGGAUAAGAUCCAGGACAUGGAGCUCUUGAGUCUAACGUUCCCCAUCAUACUGACGCAGAGGAGUGCAAAGACGGAGACAGAAGCCAUGGGACAGCGUCUGGUCAGAGUCCUAGAAGGCAGACUUCCUGAAGGUCAGAGUGCGCGGCAUCUCCUGCCUCUCCUGUCAAAGGUCAUUAGCCUGGUGCCGACGAGCCUUAACGAAGAUCAAAUCAACCUCCUCAGCAAACGGAUGGUGGACUGGCUAAGGUAUGCCAGUGUUCAGCAAGGAACUCCCCAGUCCUCGGGAGGCUUCUUCAAUCCCCGAGCACGGCAGCCUGGUCCCAUCACGGAGGUGGACGGAACCGUCGCCACUGACUUCUUCACCGUGUUGUCGAUCGGGCAGCAUUACACAGAUGACCAGUGGUUUAACAUGCAGGCUUUCUCCAUGCUGCGGAAGUGGCUCUUGUGCUAUGGGAGCGGCGGGACGAGUGGCACAAACUCAGACGAUAAAUCAGAGGUGGAUGGCUCUAUCAUGUCCAUGGUCUCUGUCACCUCCACUUCCAGCCGCUUGCUCCCCCCGAAAGAGCGCUUGAGGGAGAAGGCCUUCGAGUAUUGCCAGCGGCUUCUGGAGCAGAGCAACCGCCGGGCCCUGAAGAAAGCAGACAGGGAGUUGCAAAAAGCUUGUCUGAUUGAGGCAGUCACCAUCAUGGACAUUAUUUGCAAGCAGGACUCUUCGUACGUCUACCGCUCUCUCUCCUGCCUGAAGAUCCUGCACGACCGGAUCAGCGGGGAUCUUUCCUACGCUCGAGUGCUGCUACCGAUUGCCCAGUUCUUUCUGAACCACAGUGAGACGGCGGCCAUCGACUCAGAAGCGGUUUACAAGCACCUGUUCACCAAAGUCCCUGCACAGCUGUUCCACAGCCCGAUGUUGGCUUACGAGUUCAUCCAGUUCUGCCGGCACAACGUCUCGUUCUUCACGGAGAACCUCUGUGUCUUCCGCCAGAGCACCCCGAACCUAUUCAAGUUCCUAGCAUGGAACAGUCCAGCCCUAAUCUCUGAAUUCAUGGACCUUUUACCCGCUCUGCUUGGAGCAGACACCGCCAUGGAGAUUUUUCAUUUGCUGCUGGACCUGCCUUGUCUAACAGCUGCCUUGGACAUCCAGCUGAAGUGCGCCCAGGCUCCAAUGUCUGAGCGAGCGGCCUUAGACGCAGCGGUGAAGCCAGCCACCUGCCUCGAAGCCUUCCGUCACCCGCAAUACCGGGGCCUGUUCCAAUAUCUCCUCCGGGCCGAGUCUGCUCCAGGAGACCCCAGCAGGGUGACUCCCCUUCGACAGCUCCUGGGAUCCAUGGCCAGCUCCCCUCGCGUGGUGCAGUGCGCCGAGAGCGUCCCCGUCUUACUGCAGCUCUUUUUCGGAGUGGUGGCAGAGUUUGCAGACGGGGUCCUCGCUAACAAGCUGGUCCUGGCUCUUCUGGAGAGAAGCAGCCAACUCUACGAGAUUCCAGUGUUCAAGGCUGAAAUGCACCAAGUGAUGGGGGCCCAGCUGCCUGUUCUGUGCAAACGGCAUCCGUCGUUGGUAGUGGAGCUGUCUUCGCCGCUCAUGGAGUUUUCAGGAACAGUCACCAACAUUCAGACCAAGGAGGGCAUCUUCACCCAUGUGGUGUGGGCCAUUGGCGAGUAUGCCUCGGUCAAGCACGACAGAAGGUGCACGGUGGAACAAAUCAACAAGUUCUUCGAGGCCCUGGAGGCCAUGCUGUUCGAGAUCACACAGCUGCGGCCCUCCGCCAGCCUCCCCCAGCACUCGCCCCGCGUCAUCACCGUCCUCAUGACUGCCUUGGCCAAACUGGCGUCACGCAGCCAGGACUUGAUCCCAAGGACGUCCCUCUUCUUGUCCAAGAUGAGGCUCUUUGUCCAGAGCCCUACUGUCUCCUCCGUGUACAGCGCCGAGGACACAGAAGCCAUUCUGACACGAGCCACCGAACUGAUGAACCUGCUGAAAAUGCCCAGUGUGGCUCAGUUUGUGCUGACGCCAUCGGACGAGGUCUGCAGCCCCCGGUUCCACCGCGACACACAUGUCUCCCUGCCACUCGCUAUGAAAACAACCAGCCAGCUCUUAGAGGGAGGGACAGGUUCUGUUCCAGCUUGAACGGUGAACGGAUGAACCUUUUUUCAAAGGUGUUCCUUCGACUUCCACAUAGCCCACAAUUCCAGCUGGCUCUAGAAAUAGAAGGGCGCUGAAGGGUCGUUCGAUUGCGCCAGCCUCCAAGCCAGGAACUGGGGAGAGACAUAUGUGAAGUCAACUUACCUCGACAGCAGAAUCUGUGGUUCUGCCCACCCCACCCCCCAUCCAAAUUAAUACAUCCCACUGCUAAAAUAAUGUACGCAAGUCCAAAGUGCAAGUGUGAAAUAGAUCUACAGGGAGUCUGUGCUGUCCUUUAAAAACUUUGGGAUACUCCCCCCCAUUGUCCAGCAGGAGAUGAUAUGCAUUAUGACCAGGAGGGUGGGGGGUGGGAUUCUAAGAUGCUUGACCCUUGGAUGUCCAGCAAGCAAGGACAUGCGCCUCUGGGAAAAAAGACGGCAGCUGGGGUUGUCCAGGUCCUUGUGCUCAUGAACGAACGGCUGCCGGAAGGUGACAAUCAUCACCCGCUGCUCCAAAAGUGACUUUAUGAUCUGUGCUGGGACGCAUCUCACGGAAAACCUGCCCAGGUCACCAGCUGCCAUCGCUGCUCUGACCAGGCAAUACCCCAUGCGGUGUCCAUGAUGUCCGGGGCUCGUCACAUCCCUGCCCCACCAGCUUGGCUUGUUGUUGCCGCAUCUGAAGGAGGGGGGUCUCCGGGAGCAUUUUCUCAACCACAGCACUUCAUGGGGUAGGAGAAGAAUUGAAGCUGAUUUUCUUCGCGACCUCCAAGUCAGAUUUGGCCACUAGAAACCUCAGCUUCUUCCCUCCUGAUCGGAUGAGGUCCACAGCACUGCGGGGGGUGGGGGGUGGGGGAGAGAAAAAGUGUGUGGAAAAUCUUCAGUAGGUGUCACAGGAGGAUGUACAUUAUUUAUUUAUUGACUUCAUUUAUACCCUGUUUUUCUCCCCAGAGCAGCUUACCUAGUCUUUACCUCCACCAUGUUAUCCUCACAACAACCCUGUGAGGUGGGUUAGGUUGCGCCUGUGAGACUGGCUUAGAGUCACCCAGCAUCAGUCCAUGGCACAAGCCAGGAUGCGGACCUGGGUUUUUAGUCUCAACACUAACAUCUCCACCCUCAAUAUGCAGUCAGUGGUUGUAGAAGGAGAAGAAGAAGAGUUUGGAUUUAUACCCCACCUUUGUCUUCCCUAAGGAGACACAAAGUGGCUUACAAGCUCCUUUCCCUUCCUCACCCCACAAC